AUGAGUAUGAAUGACGGCCUUAGCAUUCUCCUUGCAAUUUUUGUUAUUGUGCUAAUUUUUCGCUGGCUACUGGGUGCAACCCCACCUGCAUCAAAUGUCAACAGAAGGGGAAAUGCAACACAAGAACAAUCGAGAGUACGGUCACGGACGGUAACACCUGAAAUGGUCGAGACGGUUUGUGCUAUGUUCCCAAACAUCCCACCCGCUGCCAUUCAGUUUGAUCUUCAGAAAACGGGGUCUGUUGAAGUAACGUGUGAUAAUAUAUUGAGAGAUGGUGGAUUACCGUUGCCUCCUCCACCAAUAGCUCCAAUUGCUCCUACUCAAUCUACCACCACAAAUGCGUCUACAUCGGCGAGCUCUUCCUCUUCCGCGAUAAAUAAUAAUAACAUUCAAACCCACCAAUCCCUCGUUCAUCGAUAUAAACUCCAUGAAGCUGUCGCUAAAGAUAUAGUCCCAAAUGAACCUCCCAAACAAUGGGAAGCUACGUCCGAAAAACGACAUCAAUUGUUACAAAAAAGAAAAGAGGCAAUGGUCUUGCAGGCAAGAAAGUAUGUACAUGAACAGGAAAUGAUUUGUUUUCUUUCUUCAACUUCAACAUUGAAUGAUCUUUAUCUUUCACGACAGACGUCAGAAAAUCGCAUAGAUUCAGAUCAACAUCAACAAUUAAGUCCUGAAGCACGUCGACAACAAUUAUUGCAAGCCGCCGAAUUACGAAUGGGCUUUGAUAAUGCCAAGAAAACAUGA